AUUUAAUUAUAUUCGAGUGCGCAUUUACCAGGAAUUAUGUCAACAAUAUACGUAUUACCACUCAAAGAAUAAUUUGACAUUUGACUCGUCGCGCGCGGACCAGCUUAACCUGACACCUGACUUGUCAAGCCCGUUCCGCGCAAGCGCAUUAUGCUGUGCAAUGUCAAACGAACUGCAUCUGAAGUCUCUCUUCUUUCCAAUAUUUGUUCAAAUUACACCUUACGAAUCCUAAAAACGAGACAAAUUUCGAGCAUGAUGUCGAUUGCUGGGAAUGCAUCGUGCGAGCGACGUAAUCGUGAUCAUUGAUGCGAUUCACUUAUUCUCCUUGUGUCGUAUUUACGCUGAUUUGCAGUGACAUGCACGCUUGCGGGAAUGUCAGUGAAUGACGCACCUGCGGCUUCGAUAGUCCGAGGCUUUACGGAAGAACAUCCAAAGAAUUAUCGCUUUCUCGUGGAGCCUGCGAACAUCAAGAGUCAUUUUAUUAAUAUUGAUGUGCAUGCGAUACUCUCGGUAUAGCAUAAAAAGUAUAGCAAAUAUGGUGCGUGUGAUAACAGUGCACAAUUUCCUGGGGCAAAAUGUCACCCAGAUCGAGGAACCCACGGCAACGUGCACAGCCACCAGCCAGAGGCGAGAAAUGCUUCUGCUGGCAUUAUCUACACACUGCGUGGAAGUGUGGGAACUGAUGAAUUCGGAUGUCAAAUUGCGCACUGUUUUCCCCACAGUAGACAUGAUCAAUCAAAUGGUACAUUGCGCUAAGGGAGAUUACAUUGUGACACUGGAAUCAAAAUAUCUCAGAGACACUGUGAGCAAUAAUCAUGCGAAUAAAGUCACUUCUAAUUUUGUAAGAAUUUAUGUGAACUGGGCUACGGUGAAGGAUCAGAGUCAGCCGAUGCGAGCCAGAAUCGCCGGACGUGUUACUCCGAGUUUGAAUCGACCCUUGAAUAGCUUGGAGAUGAUAGAAUUACCUCUAAAUAUGCAACCUACAUUGAUCGCCUGCUGUCAGAGCACCGGUAACUUAUUAGUAGCCUCAGGAAACACUGCUGUUUUACACGAGUUCAAGAUUGAAACGCAACAAGUAUCAAAAAUGAAAUUUAUAGAUUUUGAAUCUAGACCAUGGUCCUUGGGAUUUUCGUUCGCACCGACACACAUGGAAAUUGUAGAAGAUUUUAUAGCAAUUAUGGAUAAUGUAAAUUUGUCCGUUUUUCGUCUCACAAAUUCAAUGUACGAAGAUAUUGACCAACUUAGCUCUUUAGCUUCUACAAAUUCCUCUUCUGUCGAUAAGACAUCCAUAUCCACAGAUUCAUCUCUAGUAGAAAAUAGUAAUAGCCUUGGGAAUGAAGAUAUGUCGCAAGGAACAAAUACAAAACAUAAAUCUAUAGAUCAAGAUUACCAAUACAUAACAUCUGAAAAUAAUGAGACAGUGAUAACUAAUGUAAAAUCCAAAGAUAAAAAGCACAAGAGCACAAAAGGUAGUGCAUGGUAUAAAUUGGAAAUCGCUGACUUUAACAAAACAAAAUCAAGCAACGAUAGAAAUUAUAUAGACUGGGAGUACUUAAUAUGCAAUGAAAAAGAUGAAAUGCAUAGACUAAUUACGCAUGGAAUAAUUGAUCCCACUUCGCAACCACUUACAGUGAAUUUACCAUUAAUAAGUUCAGAAAGAGCUGGACCAGGUCAUGCUCUCAGUCCCUUUAUCCUAAAUUCAGCAGACAUAAGAAUCUUCAUCAAGACAACUUCGCCUGACAUAGGUUGGUCUGAAAAUUAUAUAAUAAAAAAUUUGUUAUGUCUGAAAAUCAAUGCUGGCAAUAAUAAUAUCAAGAUAGAUGGAAUUUUAGAUAUCUUUAGAUGCCUGAUAUUAAAACCAUUAUACAUGAAGAGAGAAUGUAACGUUACUGGCGUGAAGAAAUCUAUGUUGAAAUCUGACAAGUACAGAUAUUUGCAGGGUGUGAGUUGCUUCGUUUGCACUACACAGGAGGGAUACUUGUAUCACUUUUCAGCAGCAAGCAAUAAUUCCCUGGACGCGACGUGUUUGACUACUUAUCCAUUUACUGCACCUGUUCAUCAUGUAGCAUUGGAACAUACAAUACUUCAUGCAUUGACCGAGGCUGGUCUGGAAUCCUACACAUUACGUCUUUCUCAUCAUAUUGCAAAACUUUCAAACUGCAUGGAUGGCAUUAGAGUAACUUGCCCCAGUAUUACCGAACCGGUAAGUCUAAUCGGUUUGAGGCCGUUCCUAGGAAUACAAAAAUUAUUGCAUACAAAAACUUACAUAGUGUUGUUGGCUAAAGCUGAUAAUUCUUGGACCAUGUACUCUCUAAAUCUACCUAAACUCGAAAAUAUAUAUUUCGACAUCUUGAAUGCGGCAAAAAAUCAUAAAUCCUCCAGUCCAAGUACUUAUCGACAUUUGCUGGGAGAAGCACAUACCUUGAUACGCUUGGCGAAAGAUAUAUCCAACGAUCCGGAUAAUGAAGAACUUGACGAUACAAUGCAUAAAAAUGAUCUUAAAUUGAAGAAUCUCUAUAAUCAAUCCUGUGCGUUGCUCGCAGAUUACUACAUACGAUCAGAGAUUGAAUCGGAUUGGGAUUUGUGUAUUCCUUACUACAAGAUGUCUGGAUUGAAGCCUUCGGAAGUAUUAUCUAGAAAGUGUAGUCAGGACGCGCCAGGACUCUUAACAUUCUUGACGGAUGCGCUUUUUACGAUGAAGAGCGGACCCGAGGCGGACGCGCUCUUCCAAGGGUAUAAUAUUAUAGAAAUCAUUUGUAAGCUGGAGAAGGAAGAUUUGUUGAAAUUGAUUUUCAGCAGUCCUGUACUGAGGGAAUACGCUACUGAGAAAUUAAUCAAUCUUCUGCUAACACACGAGACCGAUGACACUGUCAAACUUGCCUUGGCACUCUUAUACAUCCAAGCCGAUAAGCAGGAGCAAGCGGAGAAGGUGCUGGAACCAGUUUCUGUGCAAUGUAUUAAGCAGAUCAUCCUGGCACGUUGGGAAUUGCUGUUCGAUAUAACUGCAAUGAAAAAAAGAAGUCCUAUGAUCCCCACUUUUUCGGAUUUUGCUGGUACAUUGAUGCUUAUAAAAAAUACCACUUUCGCGGAUAUUCUCAUACAGAUAAUAGAAGAUGAAGGUGCGUUAUCGUUGCAUCAAAUCAUACAAGUAUUCCUGGAAUAUUUACCGUCACGAGUUGGAAGAGACGGACACAAUGCGGCUGCUACGUUGCAAGUUUUUCUCGAAAAAUAUCUACAUGAUUAUUUCAGCUCGAAGUCUAUGAUUGAGUGGCCAUCAGUCGUAAAUAAAAAUCAGAUACGCUCGGACUUUGCUCUCGUCGAAGCGUUCAAAUUGUUAGUGCGAUCAUAUCUAGGUAAAUUAACUCAAACAAAAGUAUAUAAAACUGAUUUCCAAGAUGAUGAGGAGAAGAACGAUAAGGAGUACUUUAUGUUCGCCAAGUAUCGACCCAGCUAUUUGAAUAAAAUGCCACCAUAUGCUAAAGAUUAUCAGAAAAUUUUAAACAUGAACGAUUUUAAAGAUUUGACAAAUCUUAAUAAUGCAUCCGAAAGCGAAAAGAUUAUACCUAAAGAAUUGUUUAAAUUGCAAUCUGUAUUGUCGUGUGAAUUUUUACCAGUUGAAUGUUUGCACGAAGUCAAGCAAUUCCUUGAAACGCAAAAUAUUGAUGGAAACUUAUCUCUCAAGACUUUAUGCAUUCAAAAUACAGAAGAAGUAACGACAAUUCUGAUGGAUAAUUGUCCACAGGCUAUAGUACAAUAUGCAAAGGAUAAAUAUACAAAAGAUACCGAAUGGAAAUAUCUUAUUGAAUUAACACAGGAUAAAAUUGCUGCCUCAAUGAUGCAACAAGAAUUACAGCUCUUAUAUACACAGAUUAUGAAGGAGAUCUUGAACUAUUUGCCGCAUACGUUACCUAUGAAAAGUCUUCAUCGCGUCUUGCCUCGAGAUGACAUGGCAACGUUUCAACGAUGCACCGAAAUGUGCAAUCAAAUAAUGCACGCGGAUCACGUAAAAUCGUUGAUAAUGGAAACUGGACAACAACUUUUAACAACUCUAAAGUUGUGAAGAUAGGAAUAUUCAUUAAAUAUUUAUUAGCUAAUUUCUAGUCAAAAAAAUGAUUGAGGAAUUACAAAUAUAAAUUCCAAUAUCACGUUUUAACAAUUAUAUUACGAAAGACUACUUUAUGUGCACUUAUAAUCGCAAAUUAACUAUUUCUACGAAUGUUUCAGACAUAUGUUCCUGAUCAAUGUAGCCACAUAAGCUAAUGUUCGUUAGUUAAUAGUUGUGCUAAUGCACCCAUUUUUAAUAAUGAAUAAUUGUCAUUAAUUAUAAAAAAGAAAAGCUCGGAAACAAAUACUAGAAAAA